UCUCUUCUCACAAAGCUUGAGUUCCCGCCAAACACCUUGGCGCGAUAUCUGCAACCAACCCCCGCCCCCCUUUUAUUUCCCGAGCUAUAGCUGCUUGGCUCUCUCGUUCUCCCUCUGCAACUGAGGCUCAGAUCUUAGAGCGAGCAUUUUAGGCUUUACAAUAAGGAUUCCUACAAUACUGGGGGAAAUAUAAGAUUCAUCUUGAAUCAAUGGAGCUAAGAUAUGCCAGUCAUUUGCACUUUAUUGAGGCCAUUAGAAGUGGCUUCGUGACAAAAGUUCUGAAUAUAGAUUCUUGUGGAAGGCCUGGACUCAAGUUCAAGAAUGUUAAAGAUCUAUAUGAAAUUGAAGAUAAGAAAAAAAUUGUUUCUUCAUCCCUUCAGCCUAAAAAUGGGCAAGGGGGUUUGUUGUUUGACCGUGAUGGGGUCAAGAUUGAAAGACGAUGUCUGCCAGUGGCAGAAAGGAAGACAAUCUCAAGUGAUCCAAAAACUUAUAUAUUGAAUGGCAGUGGUGACAAUGAUGAAUCAAACAGUGAUUUUGAUGAUAUUAACCUUGGGAACAUGACGUUGAAACAGCUCAGGGAGAGAUGCAAAACAAAGAAAAGAAAAUUUUUGAAAUUUCUUGGUGCGACUAAAGAAAAUGUAGAUAUUUCCUCUUGUAUAAAACAAGAAUAUCCUGACGUACAACCUGAAGAUGAUGAAGUAGAUCUCAUGACGCCUCUCAUUAGUUGGAAAUCAAAGCUUUCAAAAAAUUUAAUUGUUAAGAAGAAGUGCAUGAAUAAACACAUCUCCCGAAUGUCACAAAGUGCUGCCUCUGUUAAAUCUGAAGAGGCACUAAAUGAUCAGGACUGGCAAUCUGGUGCGGAGUUACCUGCAACCACUGGAGUUCCGGUUUCUGCAUCCGGUUGCUCAGACAGCACAAACUUGAUACAUUUUGCUCAUGAUUCUUCUUUUCACUGUGAUGAGCGAGCAGGUUCUUGUGAAGUGGGCUCCAGUGAAAUGCUUGAGACUGCAAAUAGUUGUCUUUCAGGGUCAGGGGAGUCAAUUUAUUCUGAUGAAGAACCUCAAAAUUGCAUUGCUGAUGAAGUUUUAUGUGAAUCUGCCUCUGUUAAAUUUGAAGAGGUACUAAACGAUCAGGGCUGGCAAUCUGGUGUGGAGUUACCUGCAACCACUGGGGUUCUGGCUUCUGCAACAGGUUACUCAGAUGACACAAACAUGAUACGUUUUGCUGAUGAUUCUUCUUUUCACUGUGAUAAGCAAGCACGUUCUUGUGGAGUGGUCUCCCGUGAAAUUAUUGAGACUGCAAAUGCUUGUGUUUCAGGGUCAAGGGAGUCAAUUUCUUCCCAUGAAGAACCUCAAAAUUGCAUUGAUGAUGAAGUUUUAUGUGAAUCUGUGGCCCCUAAGUCUAACUGUUUUCCUGAUGUGAGGACCACUGGUGGGCAGACUAUAAAUCUGGAUAAUACAGAAACAAGAAUUGCCCAAUCUCUGCCUUUGCCUUCAUCAGAGUUUAAGGACUGUAGUUCUGAUACAUAUGAUAGCUCCCUAAGUUGUUCAGUGUCUAAUGAGAGAUUAUGUGAAAAAAACAGUAAUGCUGUGGUUCAGGUGCUAAAUGUGAUCAUUGAUAACAGCUUGACGUGCAUGGAACGUAGUUGUGAAGAUGAAUGUGUGGUUGAAAAUGACAGCGGUGAUGCUCUGCCCUUUGCUCUUAACUCUGAUACUAUCAGCAGUCUGGUCAGUAACAAUUCUUCGCCUCAGAGUUCUCAUUCGUGUUCAAGUCCUAAUAGCUGUUUGGUUUCUGUGGAUGAUGGUUCCCCCAUAACUGAGGGCAAUCAACCCCCUAUGCCGGUCAAUGCUGAUGCACCAGCAAACUGCUCUGCAGUGAGUCAUGUUUUUGAUGCUAAUGAUGAGCUUACAACAUCAGCAAUGGUUGGGGACUAUCAUUGUUCAACGCUGCAGCAUCCUCCUGAGAGGCUCUUGUCCACCAGAAAGGCCAUAUCUCCAAAUUCUCAGGAACGACUUUGUCAGGCUAUGAAUUCCAUUGAAUUAAAGCAAGGUAUAGAAAAUCGAAAAUCCAAGGGGAAACUAUUCUUGGGGAAAACAACUGAGAAUAAAGCUUCAAUAACAGGGUCAGCCCUUGAGGGACCUGAAGUCAAUAUUGAAUCCAAAGGGCUUGCGCCGAUCUAUCAAUCUGAAGUCACUGAUAAUCAUGAGCAGAAUAUUAGGAAACCAAAAGUUGAUAAGAAAGGUUCUCAUUCCAAAGGGAUUCUCAAGGUUUCACAACACUCUGGCGUGCUGCCCUCUCUGAGCACUGGGUGUACCUCCAUCCAAAGUUGUUCAGAGAAUGCCAUUGCAUUUUCUCAUAGGCAGAUGCAUGAUAUUGAAACUCUUGCAUUGAAGCUUAUGAAAGAGUUGAAGUCCAUGAAGGGUAUAUUGGAGGAAACACUGCACCCUGAUGCAUGCUCAGAUACAUCCUUGAAAGAUAAUUUGAAUGAGACAAGAAUGGCAGUUAGUAGUGCGGCAAAAGUUGAAGAAACUGCAAGAAGAUGGCUGUCGAUGAUGGCAAGGGACUGCAGCCGUUUUUGUAAAAUCAUGGGUGCUGCUGCUGCUGCUCCUCCCGAAAACGUAAUCCAAAAGGGAAGGAAGAAGAUAAUUUUUGCUGAUGAAGUUGGCAGAAUGCUGUGUCAUGUGAAGCUUUUAGAGGAAGAGGCAGCUUCUCCCCCGUUGGAGUCUCAAAGUGAAAAUGGGCAAUAAUAUGGUAAAUAAUUCAGAGGCAUUCGCUGUUUGUAUAUUGCUGCAUUUUUAGUGUUCAACUGCUAAUUUAAUUGCCCUGGGGUUUGGGGAGGUUGCUUGCACGGCGAGUAAGGGAUGAAUUGUAUACAGCUAGAAGCCUGCAGGCCUGACGCUGUGAAUUGAUUUUGAAAUGCACUGCACUGUUGUUCCUGGCAAUCAAUUAUUUUGUAACUCCUGUUUAUUUUGCUCUGCACUGUAUCAUGGGAUAAUGAAAUACUGGCUUGAAGGUAUUUACCUUCAUAAUUUCUUGAAAGAUAACAUUUUC